CACCAUAAACAAGCCACAAAAAAGGAAAAAAGAGAAAAAAGAAAAAACAGAGAAACAAAAAGUACCGCGCCGAAAUAAGGUCUUGUUCCUCUGUGUUAGCUUAAUCUGUCAGACUUCCAUCUCGUUUCAACCGCCUGACGUUUCGCGCGUGAAUUUUUCACUCAUCAGUGCAGAAGAGCUCAACAAUAUUGUGAAAUGGCGGAAUCGUCGUCGGCUUCAAAAUCCGAUGUGCAGUUAGAAGAAAUGCUGGAUCGAAUACUGACGCGCUUGGCUCUAUGCGACGAUUCCGAUCUUCAAUCCCUUCUAUUGAAAGUUCUUCCUGUCACGAUUUCAUCCCUCUCCUCCCAGGCUACCUCUGUUCGCAACAAGGUCCUUGAGAUCUUGAGUCAUGUGAAUAAGAGAGUGAAACACCAGUCUCACAUUGGUUUGCCAUUGUUGGAGUUGUGGAACAUAUAUUUGGAGGCCAAUUCUACUUCCAUGGUCAGGAAUUUCUGCAUUGUGUAUAUUGAGAUGGCAUUUGAUCGUCUAGGUCCAAAGGAAAAGGUGCAUAUGGCCCCUAUGGUUUUGGCAAAUAUUUCGAAGCUACCUUCUCAGCAUCAAGAUAUUAUUUUGAGAAUUGUUACUAAGGUGAUUGGUGAAUGCCACUCUCAUGAAAUUGACGAUGAAGUUGCUACCAAAUAUAGAAUGCUGAAUAUGUCUCAGAAUCAACUGCUCUUCCUUGACUUUUGCCUUCACACAAUUUUGUAUCAACCUUACUCUGAAAGUGAUGGAUGCCCGCCUGGACUUUCAAUUGCUCAAACAAAACGUGUUACUGGAAAAAAUCCUUUGAACAGCAAUGUACUUCUAUUGAGAAAGUUGGGCAUUUUGAAUGUUCUAGAAGUCAUGGAGCCAGCUUCAGAGCUUGUUUAUCCUAUUUAUGUGAUCGCCAGUGUAGAUUGUCACGAUCGAGUUGUCAAGAGAGGGGAGGAGCUUCUGAAGAAGAAGGCUUCCACUGCUAAUUUAGAUGAUCAACGUCUUAUAAACAAGCUAUUUUUACUAUUUAACGGCUCUACUGGUGCUGAAAAUGCUGCUUCAGAAUCUCGAGUUAAACCUGGGAGUAUUGCUCUAAAAGGAAAACUUAUGUCUCUUUUUUGUCGAUCAAUAAUGGCGGCAAAUAGUUUCCCGUCAACCUUGCAGUGCAUUUUUGGUUGCAUAUAUGGGGAUGGCACCACAUCAAGGUUGAAGCAGUUGGGUAUGGAAUUCACUGUGUGGGUAUUUAAACACGCAAACAGCGAUCAACUUAAGCUUAUGAGCCCUCUUAUACUUAAUGGAAUUCUGAAGUCACUUGACGGGUAUUCAAAAUCAGUAUCAGAUUCUACUACGAGAGACACGAAAACCUUUGCUUUUCAAGCAAUUGGAUUGCUUGCUCAGCGCAUGCCUCAACUAUUCAGAGAUAAAACUGACAUGGCCAUUCGUCUUUUUGAUGCUUUGAAGACGGAGGACUCAUCUCUUCGUUUUGUUGUUCAAGAGGCGACCAAUUUGCUUGCUGCUGCAUAUAAGGAGGCUUCAACUACUGUGUUGAACGAGUUAGAGACCCUUCUUCUUAAAAAUUCUCAGGAGGAAGAAGGUGAAGUGCGGUUCUGUGCUGUGAGAUGGGCAACAAAGUUGUUUCAUUCGCAACAUUGUCCAAGUAGGUUUAUUUGUAUGCUUGCUGCAGCAGAUUCCAAACUGGACAUUAGGGAAAUGGCCCUUGAGGGCCUCUUUGGAGCAAAAGGUGAAGGCCGAAGUACAACUCAAACUCAUGACGUUAAAUAUCCAAAAUUUGGGGUCAUGCUAGAUUACAUUAUUAAGCAGCAGCCAAUGUUGUUAUGUUCAACUGAGUUGAGGGAACAACAGGUUCUUUUUCCAUCUCAAACAUACAUCGCGAUGAUACAAUUUUUGCUAGAAUGCUUCGAGGCAGAGUUGCAGCAAGAUGAUUCUUCUGAAGCAUCAUCUACUGAGUCUUCUGUGGAAACAAUGUGUCAAUUUUUAGAACACGCUAUGGCAUAUGAAGGCUCUGUUGAGUUGCAUUCUACUGCUUUCAAGGCAUUGAUUACCGUUGGAUCUUAUUUACCAGAGGUGAUAUCAAAACAUUAUGCAUUGAAGGUUUCCUGGAUAAAGAGCUUUCUUAGUCACAUUGAUAUCGAUACUCGUGAAUCUGCCGCACGCUUACUUGGAAUAGCUUCUUCUGCACUGACAAUAUCUGCAUCAUCAGCUGUUAUCGAGGAACUAUUGACCUCAAUUAAUGGAGCACAUAAUUUAAGGUUUGAGACUCAGCAUGGAGUGCUAUGUGCUAUAGGAUUUGUUACUGCAGAUUGUGUUUCCAAAGCACCAAUAGUCACUCAGACAUUGCUCGAGGAUAUCCUUAAGUGCUUGGUUAGCAUUGUUAAAUCUGAGACUGCGGCAAUAUCCUCGGUGGCAAUGCAAGCCAUCGGUCAUAUAGGGUUGCGUAUACCAUUGCCACCACUUAAUAGUAAUUCUGAGUCAGUUGAUGUUUUGAUGAUUUUGCGUGACAAGUUGAGCAAGCUAUUGUUGGGUGAUGAUAUUAAUGCAAUUCAGAAGAUUCUUUUAUCCAUUGGACAUAUAUGUUUUAAGGAAACAUCAUCAACAUGUCUAAAUGUUGCCCUGGAUUUAAUUUUCCAUCUGUGCCGGUGCAAGGUUGAAGACAUUCUUUUUGCUGCUGGGGAGGCUCUGUCCUUCCUAUGGGGCGGUGUUCCUGUGACUGGUGACGUGAUUCUCAAAACCAAUUAUGCUUCUCUUUCUUCUGCAUCAAACUUUCUUGGGGGAGAUGUGAACUCAUAUUUACUAAAAUAUAAGUGCAACGUAGCUGGAACAAAUGAAACCACGGAAAAUUUUCAUGCUGAGGUUAGAGAUUCCAUUGCCAAAAAACUGUUCGAUGAUCUUUUAUACAGUACAAGGAAAGAAGAGCGCUGUGCUGGAGCAGUCUGGCUUGUAUCACUUGCAAUGUAUUGUGGUAAUCAUCCAGCCAUCCAGCAAAUCCUUCCACAAAUUCAGGAAGCCUUCUUAAAUCUUUUGGGCGAGCAGAAUGAACUUGUACAGGAGUUGGCAUCACAGGGAAUGAGCAUUGUGUAUGAAUUGGGUGAUUCAUCAAUGAAGACAAACUUGGUAAAUGCUCUUGUUGGCACUCUGACUGGUUCAGGAAAGAAAAAAAGAGCAAUUAAACUAGUUGAAGACUCUGAAGUUUUUCAAGAAUCAAUAGGUGAAAAUCCUAGUGGAGGAAAAAUAAGCACAUAUAAAGAACUUUGCAGUUUGGCAAAUGAGAUGGGGCAACCAGACUUAAUUUAUAAGUUUAUGGACCUAGCGAACCACCAAGCAUCCUUAAACUCCAAGAGAGGUGCUGCCUUUGGGUUCUCUAAGAUAGCAAAGCAAGCUGAGGAUGCAUUGAAGCCUUAUUUACAUUCAUUGAUUCCAAGGCUUGUUCGAUACCAAUAUGAUCCUGACAAAAAUGUGCAGGAUGCAAUGGCACAUAUUUGGAAAUCACUAGUGGAUGACUCGAAGAAAACUAUCGAUGAAAAUUUAGAUCUUAUAAUAACUGAUUUAAUAACACAAAGUGGAUCUAGGCUUUGGCGGUCACGAGAAGCGUCUUGUCUUGCCCUUGCUGACAUUAUACAAGGACGAAAGUUUAGUCAGGUAGAGAAGCAUCUGGAAAAGUUAUGGUCAGUAGCAUUUCGAGCCAUGGAUGACAUUAAGGAGACUGUUCGAAACUCUGGAGAUAAGUUUUGUCGUGCUGUUACUUCAUUAACAAUAAGACUCUGUGAUGUCUCCUUAACGGAACUGGCAGAUGCCAGUAAGGCAAUGAACACUGUUCUGCCUUUUCUGCUUUCAGAAGGAAUGAUGAGCAAAGUUGAUAGUGUUCGCAAAGCAUCUAUUGGUGUAGUGAUGAAGCUUGCAAAGGGUGCAGGACCUGCUAUUCGUCCACAAUUAUCUGAUUUGGUCUGUUGCAUGCUCGAAAGCUUAUCUAGCCUUGAAGAUCAGGGACUCAACUAUAUUGAGUUGCAUGCAGCAAAUGUUGGACUGCAAACAGAUAAGCUUGAGAAUCUCAGAAUUUCAAUUGCAAAGGGAUCUCCUAUGUGGGAAACUCUAGACACGUGCAUAAGAGUUGUGGACGAUGAAUCACUAAAUUCAUUGAUUCCUCGGCUUGCUCAUUUGAUUCGGUCUGGAGUAGGCCUCAACACCAGGGUUGGUGUUGCCAACUUUGUGACCUUAUUGGUUCAAAAGGUUGGUGCUGAUAUCAAACCAUAUACAAACAUGCUAUUGAGGUUGUUGUUCCCGGUGGUUAAGGAGGAGAAGAGUGUUGCAGCAAAACGUGCCUUUGCUGCUGCUUGUGCAGUUGUUAUGAAAUUUUCAGCACAAUCUCAGGUUCAGAAGUUAGUUGAAGAUAGUACAUCUCUUCAUACAGGGGACAGGAAUGACCAAAUUUCCUGUGCUCUUUUACUGAAAAGCUAUUCAUCCAUGGCCUCAGACGUCAUGAGUGGAUAUCUUGCGGCAGUUAUUCCAGUUAUUUUUGUCUCAAGAUUUGAAGAAGAUAAGCAUGUUUCUGGGUUAUUUGAGGAUUUGUGGGAAGAAAAUACUAGUGGUGAACGUAUUACUCUGCAAUUAUAUCUGGGAGAAAUUGUCUCUCUCAUAUGCAAUGGAGUUACAUCAUCAUCAUGGACCGGUAAAAAGAAAUCAGCACAAGCAAUUGGCAAACUUUGUGAAGUUUUGGGCGAGUCCAUAUCAUCUUAUCAUCAAGUCCUGCUCCAAUCUCUUAUGAAAGAAGUUUCUGGCCAUAUAUGGGAGGGAAAGGAUACCAUCUUGUAUGCACUGGGUGCUAUUUCUUCUGCUUGCCACAAAUUAAUUUCUACGGCAGAUCCUGCCAUGCCCGAUGUCAUUGUAAACCUGGUAUCUUCCUCUUGCUCCAAGAAAGCAAAGAAAUUCCGAGAAGCAGCUUUUUCUUGUCUUGAGCAGGUUCUAAAGGCCUUUGGCAGUCCCCAAUUCUUCAAUAUGGUAUUCCCAUUGUUAUUUGAGGCUUGCAAAUCAGCGGAUUCUGGCCAGGCAUCUCUGGGAGGGGUUGCCGCUAAAACAGACUCAGAUGAUAGAGGAGAAACCUCAGUUCCUCGAGAGAAAAUUUUAAAUUGCUUAACAUCUUCCAUCAAAGUGGCUAAUUUAGAUGACGUUAUUGAACAACAAAAGAACUUGCUGUAUUUGAUUACUACAUCCUUGUCUAAUGGCUUUCGAUGGACCGUGAAAACUUCGACCUUUUUGUCAAUCAAUGAACUUUGCUCAAGGUUUCAUGAAGUCUUGCGUCAUGGUUCUCAAGGGAGGACUAAACUUGAUAGCAUUAUUUCUUUUGUUCUUGAGUUAUCUCAUUCUGUAUCACCUUUAGUAGUCCAAUGCAUAACCACCGUCAAGAUUGCUCAGGUUCACAUCAGUGCUUCAGAAUGUCUAUUGGAGAUCAUAAUGUUAUAUUCUGACUUGCCGUCUGUCCACCGAACUGACAUUGGAAUCAAAGCCGAGCUUCUUCAUCUAUCCCAGAUUGAGAAAAAUGAAGUUGCCAAAUCAUUAUUGAAAACAUGCAUCGAGAAUCUUGAAAACCUCCAUCAAGAUAAGAUCCAGGAAGACUAGACGCUGCACUUUCCUUGAGCACAACACAAUUGAGCUAGGAGUCCACAAAGCAAGAGGCAAAUAGGUACAGAAGGCUCCACUCUUUGCAUUAGGCUCACGAGGAUCUUACACGGCGGAGCAAACUCCUCUAUUGUCUUGCAUUUCAUCUGGGUCCGUCCUUAUUUUUCACUGAGGUUUUGCCCAUCUCAAAGCUUCAGUGAACGAGAAUUUUAAAUCAUUACAUUUUUCAUUAGGACUUUAAAGAUUAUCUUCAGAUGUCUCAAGCUUGGCUCUUGCUAUGAAAGGGAGCUGUUUCUCAGGGGUCCUGUAAAUUUAUUAAGAUUUGGAUCUUUGGCAACACCCAAAGAUAUUCUUAUUGUGAAUUUAUCUUAGAUAUCUAGACAUAUUAGUCAGUCUUGAGCCAUGACAAAUUUCAAUCUUUUGGUUCUGUUAAUUCCAAAGCUAAAGCCACUAUAAGAAGUUUUGAACAUGUAGGGUACUAAAUAUACAAAUCGGGACCUAAGGCUAAGGCCAGAGGUUACUUGGAUUUAAAAGCUUGCAGACCCUAAUAUCAUUUACCAUUACUCAA